AUGUACAUCACGUGGACCUUGUCCAACUUGUGCCAAAACAAGAACCCUUACCCUCCCGUGAAAGCCGUGAAGCAGAUGUUGCCUGUCCUGUCCCACCUUCUGAAGCACCAAGACAGCGAAGUUCUCUCAGACACCUGCUGGGCCCUGUCCUACCUCACUGAUGGCACCAAUGAGUGCAUCAGCCAAGUGGUCAACACGGGGGUCCUGCCCAGGCUGGUCCAGCUCAUGAGCAGCUCGGAGCUCAAUGUCUUGACCCCCUCCCUCCACACCAUGGGGAACAUCGUCACAGGAACAGAUCACCAGACCCAGGUGGCCAUCGACGUGGGCAUGCUGACCGUGCUGCCCCAGCUCUUGAUGCACCCCAAGUCCUCCAUCCAGGAGGCAGCUUGGGCCUUGAGCAACGUGGCUGCAGGGCCUUGCCAGCACAUCCAGCGGCUGAUUGCUUGCGGCAUGCUGCCUCCCUUGGUGGCUCUACUAAAAAAUGGAGAAUUUAAAGUCCAGAAAGAGGCUGUUUGGACCAUGGCUAACUUCACAACUGGAGGCACCAUAGACCAGUUGAUCCAGCUUGUCCACUCUGGCGUCCUGGAACCACUGGUGAAUCUGCUUACCACCCAAGACACCAAAAUUGUUAAAAUCAUCCUUGAUGUUCUCUCUUUUAUCCUCCAGGCAGCAGAGCAGCUUUCAGAGAAGGAAAACCUGUGUCUUCUGAUUGAAGAAAUGGGUGGCAUUGAUAAAAUUGAGGCUUUGCAACUUCACGAGAACCCGCAGGUUGCCCUGAUGGCUUUGAACAUUAUCGAGAACCAUUUUUCUGAGGGAGAAGAAAGUGGCAUAAUAUUACCAGCCCUGGAUCAAGAUCAUGAAUUCUUAAAUGGCUUAACAAAAAAAUACCAAGGCCCCCUUAUUCCUAAACCAAGGAGCAAACCCUAA